AUGGCUGAAGACAACGAGAAACGCGUCUGGGAGCACGUUGAUCAUGAUGUCGCGUCCGUAGCAUCAAACCUCAAAAUGCGCGAUGGUAUUAUUUUAAUGCCGCAGCCGUCUGAUGACCCUACUGAUCCGCUCAACUGGUCAUGGUUUCGGAAACAUGCUGCUAUGUUCACAAUCUCCUACUUAGCACUGGUAUGCUAUGUUGCUGUAACAACUCUUGUUACCGGCACUGUUCCCCUAGCCGCGUCUCUGGGCGUGUCCAAAUCUACAGCUGUCUACCUGGGAAACACACCUGUUGCCCUCUACGCUGUGGCACCUUGGCUAUGGAGUCCACUCAGUCACUUCAUAGGAAGGCGACCUGUGCUUCUCAUAUGCAAUGCAAUCGCCAUGGUCGGUGCUGUUGUCGUCAUGACAUCGAAAACUUAUGCGGCUUGUAUUGUCGGUCGGGUAAUUCUCGGGGCUGGUGGCUCAGCAUUUUGGACGCUGGGACCGGCGAGUAUCGGAGAUAUGUUUUUCCGCCACGAGAAGGGCAAGAAAAUUGGUAUCUCGACGCUGGCGAUUGUGGUUUCGCCUUUUCUGGGAACAAUUAUUGGCGGGCCUAUUAUCGAGAACAAAAACUUAGGCUGGAGAGCAUCCCAAUGGAUCCCGCUAAUUUGUAUGGGCGCAGGCUUGAUCAUGCAGAUAUUCUUUCUCCCGGAGACAAUAUACAUUCGAGAAGCCGCAAACACCUCUGUCAUAGAAUCUAAGAAGCCAACACUAUGGGCACGAUAUGGCAUUCAUGUUCCCAAACGCCGGGAGGAGAACCAACAUAGCUUUCUCUUCAUCGCUACCCGACCCUUUGUCCUCUUCAAGUAUCCCGCAGUCAUACUAUCGGCAUUCUGGUUUGGUAUUGCCUACAUGAUGCAUGUAGGUAUAACAGCUGAGAUCCCACUCGUCUUCGAGGAGCAGUAUAACUUCUCCGUCCUGGACGUUGGCCUAACUGGAUUCUCUGGUUUAAUCGGUGCUCUUGUCGGUGAGGCAUACGCUGGUCCUACAAUUGAUGCAAUUACAAAGCGCAGAAUGGCUCAAGGCCAUGAGUGGCGGCCCGAGUACAGGUUGCAAGCCAUCUGGCCGGCACUGAUCGCUGUUCCAGGAGGACUGAUCAUGUUCGGCGCAUCACUGCAAUUUGGGAAUGCUUGGAUUACACCAUUGAUCGGCCAAGCGAUAUACAUAUUCGGCAUUGAGGUUGCCACAACCGUCAUGUAG